AUGAGGAGUAUGAAGACCAGCGGUGGCCUGACGAGAGGGCGAGGCAUGACAGAACAGCAGCAUCUCAUAUGGCUGCUCUCCGUGCCUGCCUGUGCUGAAGUCAACAAUGCUAUGCAACAGCUCACAGGUGUCAACUAUAACUCUGGUGAACAAAACCAGGACAUGACAAAUGCUAGACAAGCACGUGACAUGAAAGACACACAUGCAGUUAUCAGCUGUCUGAAAGAGAGAUCACCCUUCAGUUCAGAUCCGAGCUUGCUCAGCAUUUUGACAGGGGUACAUGCAACCAGCAAAGUCAAUGUGGACUCAUCAAAAACUGUUGGAACAGCAAUCCUGACCAAAAUGGAUGGACAAAUUGCUGCUGACUACACAUUCAAGAAAAUGUGGAGGAAGAGGGAGGAUCGGGCCAUCACCUUGGCUUUGAAAUCGGCAGUAAAGAUUGAUGGUGAGGCAGUACAAGUGGAUCCUCAGCUGCUUCUUGAGCGACUGACAAUUGCUGCAAAAGCUCCAGAGGCUCUAGAGUCUGUGUUCAAAUAUGAGCUGUGCAGUUUCCCACCAGCUCUGUUUGAUUCAACACUGCUGCUCCGACAGCCACAGAAGCCAGUGCUAGUAGAUGCUAUCUGGACACUCCUGACAAAGGAUGCACCAGGAAUCACAGGACAAGUCCACUACGUGUUGGGUGGUGGGGCACUAGUUCAGCGCAUUCCAUGGGCACGUGGCUCAACAUACAAAGGUAUCUGCACGCAAUACACAGAGUAUGUCACAAAGAAGUAUGGACAGGCAACAGUCGUGUUUGAUGGAUAUGAUGGUACAUCAACAAAGGGCACAGCACACCAAAGAUGUGCAAGAGGGAAUGCUGGAGCAACGGUGACGUUUGAUGAAGAUAUGUAG